AAAGUAGCGGGUUUUCCGGUGCAAAAGGACGAAGAAGCAAAAGCUGGUGCGGCGACACGUGGCAAAACUAUUGACCGUUAGAUGAGAUGAGCAUGCGAUAAUUUAGAAGCGGUUUGAUGAUUCCAUUUGAGAGAUGAGAUGAUGACAUCCAUAGCCCAACGAAAAGCGAAAGUGAACGAGAAGCGAGAGCGAGAGUGAGAUAGAUAGAUAGAUAGAUGGAGAGAGAAAGUUAGAGAGAGAGAGAGAUAAGAGUAUUUUGUUCCAAAGACACAAGAGGAACUGCUCAGAGCUAAAAAGCUCAGAACCUGCAAGAAAUCAGAGAAAAAAAAAAAUAGAUAGAGAUAGAAAGAGAGAGGGAGAGAGAAAAAGAGAUAUGAGUUGGAAGACUUAAAUUUGGGGUAGCAGCGCAGUUUGCACAGAGAGAGAGAGAGAGAGAGAGAGAGGCAUGGCGGCGUUGCAGAGUGUGUGUGGGAGAGAGAGACGUAAUUGUGCGUCUUAUUAAAUAAAUGCUGGAAACACAGUGAAGAAGGCAAGGGAAUUGAAAGCGCGAUUAACGCUGCCCAACAGUGUCCGACGUCUGUCCCAAAUCAACGAGCUUCAAUUAACAACCCACCCCCCCGCCCCCCACAAACCCCUCUUUACCCUCCCAACCCACACACCCUCUUCUCCUUUCCUUUCUCAACUACAACUACACAUACUUAGUAAACACACUCAAUCUCUCUCUCUCUCUCUCUCACUUCUAUCUUUUGAAAAGGGGUAGAGAGAGAGACACAGAAACGCUUUCACAUAUAUACACUAAACACAUAAGACAACCAACACCAUAGAAUUUCAACCAAAAAAAAUAAAAAAUAAAAUACAAAAAAAAGAAAAAAAAGAAACAGAUAAAAUUGAGGGAAUACCCAUUUGAUCUUUUGGGUUGGAGACUGAGUGGAGCUAUUUUAUUCUGAUAUGGAUUUUCGAUCACAAUUGGGGUCUGGGUCAGUGGAGCAAUGGCUGGGUUUUUCUCAUUAGGAGGAGGAGGAGGAGGAGGAAGAGGUGGUUCAAGCAGCCAAGACGAUCAUCAUCAUCAUCAUCAUCAUCAGAAUCCACCGCAUACCGAAAUUCCACCGGAGAGUUUGUUUUGGUACAAGAAUGAGGACGUGCCGUACAAAGGAUUCGAGCUUUGGCAUCAGCAGGAACAAUUCCUCCAACUUCAACCGAGGUCUCUCCACCACCAUCAGCAUCAUCAAGAUCUUUACUCAUCAGCAGUGGGUGGAACUGGUGGCUUAGGUGAAGGAGCGGGACCUAGCAGUAGGAGCUCGAUCAACGUGUCUGAUGAAUCGUCGUCGAGAUCGGCUUUCAUGAUGAUGAGGUCAGGAGGUGGAGGUGUGAGCUGCCAAGACUGUGGGAAUCAGGCGAAGAAAGAUUGCGCUCACAUGCGGUGCAGGACUUGUUGUAAAAGCCGAGGGUUCGAUUGUCAAACCCAUGUCAAAAGCACCUGGGUCCCGGCUUCUAAGCGUCGCGAGCGACAGCAACAACUGCUUGCUUUGCAACAGCAACAACAACAACAACAACACCACCACCAACAACACCAGCUCGAGCUUCGCGGAGGUGGAGGUGCUGGAGACAAUCCCAAGAGGCUGAGAGAGAAUCCCAACGCUUCUUCUUCUCUUGCCUGCACUCGUUUACCCUCCAACACUUCAGGGUUGGAACUGGGAAACUUUCCGACUGAACUGAGCUCACCAGCUGUGUUUCGCUGCAUAAGAGUGUCUUCCAUUGAAGACGAUGAGGAUCAGUAUGCAUAUCAGACGGCUGUGAACAUCGGGGGCCACGUAUUCAAAGGAAUUCUAUACGAUCAAGGCCCCGAAACUAACUAUAUGGGUGGCGAGAGCUCAUCAGGUGGAGGUGGUGGCAUCGAACCACUGAAUCUGAUAACGGGCGCUGCCACGGCCACCACUGCGAGUGGUGGUGGUGGUGGUGGUGGUGGUGGAGGUGCAGCAGCAGCUUCAACUUCUUCUACGGCAGCGCUGCUUGAUCCUACAUCUCUAUACGCAGCUCCGCUAAACUCAUUCAUGGCUGCUUCUACUGGAAGUUCUUACUCGCCGGAAACAGUUUCUCUGUUUGGAGAAUCACCAAGUGCACCAAGUUCUACAAUAUAAUAGGCAAGAAACAAAUGAAAAAAUAAUAAAAAGAUUGAAGAAGAAUCAGAUUUUCUUGUUCUUUUUCUUUUCCAUGGUGCGUUUCCCGUUUUAAAAAACUAGUAUCGAGUGUAUUUUCCACCAAAAGGGUAAUUAAAGUUUCUGUUGUGAGCCCCAGCUUGUUAAAAAAAAAAAAAAAUCCAAAUUGAGUAUUAAAUAAAGCUUCCGUACGUCAACUUGAUUGGUUUAGUUUUAAAUUUAAAACUGAAAAACAAAAAAAAAAAAAAAAAAAAAGAGGGAAAAAAAAAGUAAAAGAAAAAAGUGUGCAUUAAUUCUUGGCAAUCUAAGAAGCGAACAAAAUUCACCAAAUAAAUACCUCAAAA